AUGCCGUCGUUACUUAAAUCCUUGUUCUCCUCCCGCACCUCCGUCUUCACCACAGCCUUGCUCCUACGGGCAAUCCUGCUGGUGUACGGAGUGUACCAAGACUCUGUGUCAGCCAUCAAAUACACCGACAUCGACUACUACGUCUUUACCGAUGCCGCGCGGGCCGUUGCGAGGCAUUCAUCUCCAUACGAUCGGGCCACGUACCGGUACACUCCGUUGUUGUCAUGGAUUCUCCUCCCGACCAGUUGGGGAGGGCACUGGUUCCAUUUUGGCAAAGUGCUGUUUGCACUAUCGGACCUGAUUGCAGGAUGGCUCAUAUUGAUGGUUAUGAAGAGACGGGGUUUGGAAGAAACAAAAGCGCUGAAAUAUGCCAGCGUGUGGCUUCUGAAUCCGAUGGUCGCCAACAUCAGCACACGGGGGAGCAGCGAAGGUUUUCUCUGCGUUCUUGUCAUGGCGCUCCUCUGGGCCUUUGAGACGAAACAGAUCGCACUGUCGGGGACUUUACUAGGAGUUUGCGUACAUUUCAAGAUCUACCCCUUCAUCUACGGAGCCAGCAUGCUAUGGGCGCUGGAAACCCCUGAAACUACUACGACACCCAACUCCUCAUCGAACAACACCAUACAGAAACUGGCCACUUUCCUCAACGAGGACCGAAUCUUGUUGAUUUCCACGUCGCUGCUCACUUUCACUGCGCUCAACGUGCUAAUGUACAACAUGUACGGCCCACCGUUCCUGCAGCACACUUUUCUCCACCAUCUCACCCGAAUCGACCACCGACACAACUUUUCUCCAUAUAACACUCUUCUAUAUCUUUCCUCGGCCCAGAGAGCCGGAGCUGCUUCUGCCGGAUCUUCCUCCCCAUCAGCGGCCGCCUUCUCAUCCGAAUCUCUCGCCUUUGUCCCUCAAUUACUUCUUUCGGCCUGUCUUAUUCCACUUGCAAUGGCCAAACGAGACUUGCCGGCCGCGAUGCUCGCCCAGACCCUUGCCUUUGUGACCUUCAACAAGGUCUGCACCUCCCAGUACUUCCUGUGGUAUCUGAUCUUCCUACCAUUAUACAUGCCGGCCUCGUCGCUGACCAAAAGCCCCGCCCUCGGCCUGACCGCCCUGCUGCUCUGGGUGCUGGGCCAGGCGGCCUGGUUACAGCAAGCCUACCAGCUCGAAUUCCUGGGCAGGAGUACCUUUGUGCCGGGCUUGUUUGCCGCAGGUUUGGCCUUCUUCGCCAUCAAUUGUUGGAUUCUCGGCCUCGUGGCCCAGGACGUGGUCGACAAUAAGCCUGUGGGCACACCAGCUCGGGGCUCGGGGACCACGUCGUUCACAUCGACAAAAUCCACUUCUGGAAAAGGAAGCGCAGAUGAUGAAACAUCUCCAACAAGACCGGCGACUUACACCAACUUCGACAUCAGCGGUAUUGCGAGUGUCCAUCUAGGCCCGCGGAACAGGGUGUUGAAGAGUACCUGA